UAUAUAAUCACAACCAUCAUCAACAUGCAACACACUCCCAUUAUGCUCUCUUAUCGUGACCUAUCAACCCGACCCAACCUAGUGUUCCUUUCCCGCGUUGCUGCAUGUUCCGCGAACCUGAGCAUUGGUAAAUUGGUGACCCACAUGGCUGUUGAUCGCAAGUUCGUAAAUUCGUGCCGCAUCCGUCCCACCUAGCCACAACCACAACAACCGCCAUGUCUGUCCGCCGAGCGCUGGCACCGCGCUCCAUCCACUUGCGCAUCGUGCCACGUCCCGCCAAUCUGUCCGAAAGUCGCGAGAUAUUCCGCGUCCUCCAACGCUUCGGCGAAAUCAGCACCUUCAAGUAUCUACGGUACGAGUACCAGAACCCCGCCGACAAUGUCGCCCUCGCCAUCUACCGCGACGAAGCCGCCGCCCAGAGCGCUCUCGACGCUUCGCCCCUCCGCUUCGCCCUCGAGAAGCUCGUAACCAGUGACGCCGACGCCGACGCCGACGCCCAAUUCCAGGCCGCCGAAGAAGACGAAGACGACACGUCCAUUCAGCAAACCCCCCAGAAAGACGGCAUCGACGAGAUCCUCCGCCCCUCACAACUCCUAAACCGCACCUUACCUACCCCCACCAGCACCACCUCCUCCGCACCAACACCCCCCUCCAAACCCCUCCCCUUCGACCCCCCACCGCACACGUCCUCCCAAAAGAAAUCCACAAAAUGGUUUCAAGUAACCGUCGACCGUUCCCGCGCCGUACACCCCGAUUUCAUCGAACGCCAGCCCUACUGGAAGCAAUUCCACCCCAUGAAGAGCAUGGCGCAAGCGGAUUUGGAAAAGAGCGUACCGCAUGUGGGGCUGAGCGAUGUGAGUAAGAGGCCGCCGAAUGCAUAUCGUACGCCGGCAAGAGUGCUCAGGGUCAUGAAUGAGUAUGUGGAGAAGAGGAUGCCGAGUUUGAGGGGGAUUGUGGAGGGAGGCGAGAAUGAGAGGGGGUUUGAGGAGAGGAGGGGGAGGGGUUGAGGAUGGAUGAAGAAAGCACAGACUGUACGACGGACUGGAACGGUCGCGUUCAGAGCGGCACACACACGACAUGGUCU